AUGUUCCUUAACGAAGGUAUGAUGUUCGUGAAAUUACGACAGAUAUUGAUAUCUCUCGAGCCUGGGGGUGCCGGUCAGUUUAUUGCCGAAUCACUCUCUCACAAACUCGCUUCAGUCCAUAUUUCGAUUCCCUUUCGGGACUCCUUCCUUUGCUCUGAUGGAUGUCCAAAAGCGCAGUCUUACCGGUUAUGUUUGAAACCAAAGAGCAUUUUGAAGCGUUUUAUCCAUACAGACUGCACAAAUGUUAGAGCCGAAAUGCUUCUGCGCACAUCGGUCCAAGUUGCGGAAUGGCAAGUAUAUGUGCGUUCAAGGGCAAUGCGCGUUCAGUCUUUGGGCUGCGCGAGAUAG